CCCUGCACUGGGUCAUGCCGGCAGCUGGAGCCUCUGUGUCGGAUGUAACACUUGACUAAUAUCGGUCAGUCCACUGGUUCAAUCCACUGGUGCAUGAUGGGGUGGCUGUGACCAGUGAGCACGUCAUCAGCGGAGCAGAUCACCAUGUUGAACCCGGUGCUCGGCAGCAUGUCGGCCGCCUCCAGGGGGAAGAGGCUCGGGUCUCUGCUGUCCCUCAGCAGGAGACUGGCCCACAACCAGGGGGGAUCCCCGGACCCCCCGCCGGAAACCUCCGCUCCUCUACCGGACCGAGAGCCGGAGCGGAGCUGGAAGCGCCGCAAGGACCCCAGCGGCCGCUCGGUGUUCCUCUUCCCCGGGCAGGGCAGCCAGUUCGUGGGCAUGGCCCGGGGUCUCCUGAAGUACCCCAACGUGAAGGAGAUGUUCGAGGCCGCGGAGAAGAUCCUCGGCUACGACCUGCUGUCCCUGUGCCUGCAGGGCCCCGAGGAGGAGCUGAGGAAGACGGUGCACUGCCAGCCCGCAGUGUUCGUCACCUCCCUGGCUGCCGUGGAGAGACUCAACCGGGAAAACCCAAUGGCUGUUGAGACGUGCGUUGCCGCUGCAGGUUUCAGCGUUGGAGAAUUUGCUGCUCUGGUUUUUUCCGGUGCCAUAAACUUCACAGAAGCCCUGUAUGCGGUGAAGGUGCGGGCCGAGGCCAUGCAGAAGGCCUCAGAGCGGAUUCCCAGCGGGAUGCUGUCAGUCAUCGGACGAAAUCAGGCUCAGUAUAAAUACGCAUGUCUGCAAGCUAAAGAGCACUGCAAGAGUCUGGGGCUGGAGGAGCCGGUGUGCUCUGUGGCCAACUACCUGUUCCCUGACGGCAGAGUCAUCGCGGGACAUCAACAGGCUCUGGAUUUCCUGCAGCAGAACUCGAGACGUCUCCAGUUCAUGAGAACCACGCCUCUCCCGGUCAGCGGAGCGUUUCACACAGAGCUGAUGGCCUCGGCUGCUGAGCCCCUCCGAGAGGUUCUCAGACAGGUGGAGGUGCGGCGUCCCGAGAUCAGCGUGUACUCCAACGUCGACGGCAAGCGCUACAUGAACGAGAGCCACGUGCGGCGGCAGCUGGUGAAGCAACUGGUGUCGCCCGUGAAGUGGGAGCAGACCCUGCACGAGAUCUACGAGAGGACGCAGGGGGAGCGUUUCCCUCAAACCUACGAGGUUGGCCCAGGGAAGCAGCUGGGCGCCACGCUUCAGAGAUGCAACAUGAAGGCGUUCAAAACGUACACGAAUGUGCAAGUCACCACGUAUGAAGACUGAUAACAAAGUGACGUGGAUUUGGAAUUUAGCAGGAGGAGGGAAAAAUGGACCUUAGCAAGACCAACUAAACGUGCAAGCUCCUGUAGUUGCUUCUCAAGGUCUUUGUUUGUGUGUUAGUCUGAAUUAAAUCCGUUGUUUUUUUUAUUCAAGAGACUGCAA